GAGGCAGAGGAAGGCGAGCAUGAGUGCUUUAGAGUUCCAGAAUGUCAACUGGCAGGUGGCUGCCAACCGGCAUGCACAUCACACAGACAAGUUCUCCAGCAAGGAGCUCAUCGUGCGGAGAGGCCAAUCCUUCAAUAUCUUAAUAGUCUGUAACCGAAGACUUCAAUCUGGAGAACGUCUGGACAUCAUAGUCUCUACAGGGCCUUACCCCUCAGAGUCAGCCAGGACAAAGGCUACGUUUCCAGUCUCUAGUGAGACAAGUAGAGGUGGCUGGAAUGCAGUGCUCAGUGCCAAUAAUGACAAUGUGUUGACCAUCGCCAUCGUCAGUCCUGUCAAUGCACCCAUAGGAUGGUACACCAUGGACAUUCAGAUCUCCUCCAAUGGCAGUGUCUCCUCUGCGAAACUUGGGAAGUUCAUACUGCUCUUUAACCCCUGGUUGCAAACGGAUGAUGUCUUUAUGAGUAACCAGGCUGAGAGACAAGAGUAUGUUGAGGAAGAUUCUGGAAUCAUCUACGUGGGCAGCACAAAUCGAAUUAGCAUGGUUGGCUGGAACUUUGGACAGUUUGAAGAAGACAUUCUGAACAUCAGCCUCUCCAUCUUGGAUAAGAGUCUCAAUUUCCGCCGUGACCCUGCUACUGAUGUGGCCAACAGAAACGACCCCAAAUAUGUUGGCCGGGUGCUGAGUGCCAUGAUCAAUAGCAAUGAUGACAACGGUGUGCUUGCUGGGAAUUGGAGCGGCAGUUACACAGGUGGCCGCGACCCAAGGAACUGGAAUGGCAGUGUGGAAAUCCUCAAGGAGUGGAAAAAAAGUGGCUUCAGGCCAGUCCGAUAUGGGCAGUGCUGGGUCUUUGCUGGGGCCCUCAACACAGUGCUGCGGUCCUUGGGAAUUCCCUCUCGGGUGAUCACUAACUUCAACUCAGCUCAUGACACAGAUAGAAACCUCAGUGUGGAUGUGUACUAUGACGCCAUGGGAAACCCUCUGGACAAAGGCAGUGAUAGCAUAUGGAAUUUCCACGUCUGGAAUGAAGGCUGGUUUGUGCGCACUGACCUGGGCCCCUCGUACAAUGGAUGGCAGGUUCUGGAUGCUACCCCACAGGAGAGGAGCCAAGGGGUGUUCCAGUGCGGCCCUGCUUCCGUUAACGCAGUCCGAGAGGGGGAUGUGGACAAGAAUUACGAUAUGAUCUUCAUCUUCUCGGAGGUCAAUGCCGACCGCAUCACCUGGCUCUAUGAUACCAGGAAUGGUACCCAGAAGCAAAAUUCCUUGGACACUAGCUCCAUUGGCAAAUACAUCAGCACCAAGGCAGUAGGCAGCAACUCUCGCAUGGAUGUCACAGACAAGUACAAGUAUCCAGAAGGUUCCAGUGAGGAAAGACGAGUGCACCAGAAGGCUUUGAGCAAACUUAAACCUAAUAUGUCAUUUGGCGCAACAUCUGCGAGGAAUUUAUCGGGAGAGGAAGAGGAGCCCAGCAUCUCGGGGAGGUUCAAGGUUACUGGUGUACUGACGGUGGGCAAAGAAGUCAACCUGGCCCUGAUACUCAAAAACCUGACCACUGACCGGAAGACAGUGACAGUGAACAUGACAGCAUGGACCAUCGUCUACAAUGGCACACUUGUUCACGAGGUGUGGAAGGGCUCUGCCACAAUAGCCCUGGACCCUGAAGAAGAAGUACAACAUCCUGUGAAGAUCACAUAUGCCCAGUAUGAUAAGUACCUGAAGGCAGACAACAUGAUUCGGACCACAGCGGUAUGCAAGGUGACUGAUGAGGCUGAGGUGGUAGUGGAGCGGGAUGUCAUCCUGGACAACCCCACCCUGACCCUGGAGAUUCUGGACCAGGCUCAAGUGCGGAAGCCUGUGAAUGUGCAGAUGCUUUUCUCCAACCCCUUGGACGAACCAGUGAAGGACUGUGUGCUGAUGGUGGAGGGCAGUGGCCUGCUGCGGGGUAACCUCAAGAUUGAGGUACCGUCCCUGCGCCCCAAGGAGAAGUCCCGGGUCCGCUUCGAGAUCCUGCCCACUCGCAGUGGCACCAAGCAGCUGCUCGCUGACUUCUCCUGCAACAAGUUUCCUGCAAUCAAGGCCAUGCUGUCCAUCGAUGUGGCUGAGUGAAGGGCCCAGUGGCCCCGUCACAAACUUGGGUAACAUGGAGCAGGGAGGCCUCGCCUGGGGCGUGAGACCCCUGCCCAUGUUGACCAGCCUGGGAAGCCAGCUCUGUCCCCAAGGCUGCAAGACAUGGACCUCCAGCAAACUCCCACUCUUCCACCCCCUAGGCUGGGGCCGGGUCCUCCCUGGCCUAUGACUUGAUCACUUUUGCACAUUCCCUGAUCGCUCCCACCACAGCUGCCUGCUCUGUGAGCCCGUGACUCUGCAUAUCCCCAACCAUGUUGCGGGAUGGACUCUCCAAACACAUAUUGGGGAGACGCCGGUCUGGACUGUUUGCUGAUCCCCAACCUGCAGCUGGGACCUUCCUGCUCCUCCCUCAGGCCUCAAUGAAGGGCAGGGAGUGGUUCAUCAUGGGCCACAGCAUUCACUUCCUUACAAUUAAAAUAAAUGUUAAACCAGUGUGA